CAUCGUGCCGCAUAUGCCGAUCGAGGCCGGCCGCUUCUCGACAACGACGCUGCGCCUACAGCUCCAAGCUAUCGAGAUACUCGAGACGCUCGCCGACCGUGUGCUGCAGCCUCUGUCGCCAAACGCAGAAACCACUGCCGAGGCCAACGAAGCGCUCCAGAAUGCCCGCCGCGUCGCCAACAAAUUCAUCCUGCGCCACUGGGACAUCUCUUCCGAGAACGUACUGGUGAACGAAGCCACCGGCCGCCCGACGUGCCUGCUCGACUUCGACAUGGUGUACGCAGACUCGCUCGCGACAAUGCCGCGCUACCCGCCCAUCAUGGCGGUCUACGAAGAAGACGAAAUCGACGCGCACACGGCGUUCCCCGACGACGUGCCGGGCUACAACGACCCGUCCAUACGAAAAGAGUUCCUGCGCGCGCGCCAGUGCAUGUGCGUAGCGUUCGACGCGCGGCUUAACGCGGUCAACUCGCCGUGGCGUGCCACGCAGCCCAGCGUGGCCUCGGCCUCGGGCGAGUAUACGCGCCAGAGAGAUGCGGGCGACGCGCUCGCGCCGGUGCGCAUGCUGGUCCGCAUGAUUAGUGAGGCAAUCCAUAGUGUCGUGGAGGUCCGCUGGUUUGAGGGCGAGCUCGACACGGCGUACCGUGCCCAAGGGCCGAGUACGCCGGCGUACGGCCCGGGGCCGAGGCCACUGUCGAACAUGCAGCGGAAGUCGAUUUGAGGGAAGCGAGGCUUUUUUUGGCAGAUGGUAAUUAGAG